AUGCGGCAAAUUGCCAAUGAUCGGUUCCUUCUAUCGCCGCCACAACAGUUCCCGCGGACCCAUCGAUAUCCAGGCAACAAUGGAGACCAUCCCGAUCAUCCCUACCAAUAUGAGGAAGACCCGCGUCACAGUUUAAACCUGCGGCCACGGACACUGAGGGAACGCGAAAGCUUUCAUGCAGCGGCCUUUCGACGUGACCCCGAAAUUGAGCAGAGACUGGUGUCCCGGCAGCUCGCCGAAUAUGCAGACUCGGGGGGUUCGGAUGGUCAAUCCUCGUGGACGACAUCUUCUCCGAUCCAAUUGUCCAAGCUUGAGCACGAUUUGUUCUCCCAUUUCGUGCGCGUGUCGAGCAAGUGGCUGGAUUUCUAUGACCCGUUCCAGAACUUCGCAUCAGUGGUUCCUCAUUUGGCGCUUCGGAAUGUGGGAUUGAUGAAGGCAUUGCUGGCUCUUUCCGCAAGGCAUUUAUCCCUCAAACUGGAGCCACGAGAAAAGGAAGUGAAUCGGACAUUGGCAGAGCACCAUGGCGCUUCUUCUGCUCAACCUAAUCACUCGAUUCAAUCCCAUGUGAUAGACCGUAACCUGGCGGUCCAAUACUACUACGAAACCCUACAGUACCUCAACAGAGCUAUGCAGCAUCCAUCUUAUGCCCGCAGCCACGAAGUGAUUGCAACCUCUUUGCUAAUCAGUACGUACGAAAUGAUCGACGGCUCCAAUCAGGAUUGGGAACGCCACUUCAAAGGGGUCUUUUGGAUCCAACGAUUUCAAGACAACGAUGGAGAGUCGGGCGGGCUACGAUCAGCUGUCUGGUGGGCCUGGCUUCGACAAGAUGUAUGGGUGGCCAUGAGAGAGCGACGGCGGAUCUUUAGCUUCUGGAAACCAAAAAGACCACUGUCGCUUUUGACAGGCCCUGAACUUGCGACUCGAGCUACCUACCUACUUGGUCAAUGCGUGAACUACGCUUCGAAGGAAGAGCAGGAGACGCCUGAUUUGAUUCGGCGCCUUGAAAGGGGCAGCGAGCUGCUGUUCUUACUCCAAGAUUGGUAUGAUUGUCUACCUUUGGAAUACAGUCCUCUUCCCUCGACAUCUGAUACGGCCGUUUUCCCACGCAUCUGA